AGUUUCCUACCUACCAUGAUCAAAUGUUUAUCUGAGGAAGUGCAAGUUAAACUCCGUUCUGGUGUGGCUAUCGGUUCCCUUAGCCAAUGUAUUGAAGAACUUGCCCUCAACAGCAUUGAUGCUGAAGCAAAAUGUGUGGCUGUGAGAAUAAACAUGGAAACUUUCAAGGUUCAGGUUAUAGACAAUGGAUCUGGAAUGGAAAGGGAUGAUAUAGAGAGAGCUGGAAAACAAUAUUUCACCAGUAAAUGCAAAUCUGUACAAGACUUAGAGAACCCAAAGUUUUAUGGUUUUCGAGGGGAGGCACUAUCAAGCAUAGCAAAUAUGGCCAGUGCUGUAGAAAUUUCAUCCAGAACAAACAGGACAGUGAAAACUUUUGUGAAACUGUUUCAGAAUGGGAAAGCCUUAGAAGUUUGUGAGGCUGAGGUGACUAGACCAAGUUCGGGGACAACAGUUACUGUAUAUAACCUAUUUUACCAGUUACCAGUGAGGAGGAAAUGCAUGGAUCCCAGACUGGAGUUUGAGAAGGUUAGGCAAAGGAUUGAAGCACUCUCACUGAUGCACCCAUCUAUCUCCUUCUCCUUGAGAAAUGAUAUUUCAGGUUCUAUGGUUCUUCAACUCCCCAAAACCAAAGAUACAUGCUCUAGAUUUUGUCAAAUUUAUGGAUUGGGUAAGUCACAAAAGUUAAGAGAAAUCAAAUUUAAAUAUAAAGAAUUUGAACUAAGUGGAUAUAUCAGUUCCGAAGCACAUUAUAAUAAAAAUUUGCAGUUUUUGUUUGUGAACAAAAGACUGAUUUUAAGGACAAGAUUGCAUAAACUCAUUGACUUUUUAUUAAGGAAAGAAAGUAUUAUUUGUAGGCCAAAGGGCAGCUUUGCAAGUAAGCAAAUGAGUUUAAGCCCUCCUCGGCAUAGGUCGAACCCAGAACUCUAUGGGAUAUAUGUACUCGAUGUGAAAUGCCAAUUUUGUGAGUACGAUGUUUGCCUAGACCCAGCAAAAACUUUAAUUGAAUUUAAGAACUGGGAUGCUGUCCUGGUUUGUUUUCAGGAAGGGAUAAAAACUUUUUUAAAACAAGAACAGUUAUUUAUAGAAUUGUCAGGUGAGGAUAUUAAAGAAUUUAGUGAAGACAGUGGCUUGACCUUAUUUAGUGCUAUUCUUCAGCCUAUGGCCUCUGAUGAAAAGUCUGUCCAGAACAAUUUUCAGGAAGCAUGUGAAAAUAUCAUGGAUUCUUAUGAAAUAUUUAAUAUGAAGUCUAAAACUGUGAAAAGAAAAGCUGUCAUGGAAAGCAUUACUUUAAAGACUUGUGGGAGUGAAGAAGAUACCAGGCAAGUAAAAGAUUGCCAAGUGUUGACCAACAGUGAUCUCAAUGGCACAUACUUUAAUGAUACGAUAGAGUCCUCUGUACCUUGUCAAGAUGGCACCAGAUCAGAACCAAAUAUCUUAAAACAAGAAGGCGCUAAGUUCACAGAUUCUGAAAAAAAUAAUACUAAAAAUAUUUGUUUAGAACUUGAGUUUUCAGAAAAUCACUGUGGAACCAGUGCAGAAGUGUUAAAGAGUACCUUUUCUACUCCACAUCACCUUGAAGACAGUGGAGAAAAUCCAUAUAUACAAAAGGAAAAGACUAAUGAUGAUGGAAUAUGUGUCAGCAGUGUAUGUGAAGGACAACAGAGGCUUAAAGAUACCCCUGAAAUGGCAUGCAAACCUCUAUCUUUUGGGAGGCUACUACCAGAGACAUGUGAUAGACUUAAAGAAGAUGAAACAACAAGUAUAGACUCUCAUUGUGAUAGAGGAGAGACAGUUUUUAGUUAUGGACAAGUUCAGUUAUGUUCCACUGGCUUUAUAACUCAUGUGAUGCAAACCCCACAAUCAAAAUCAUCUGAAAUAGACUUUUCUUUAAAAAAUUAUAUUCAACCUGGUCCUGUUAGUGCCAGGCAAAUAUUUGGAAACAAAAUCCAAAGUUCAGUUCAGACCUCAAACAUUACAGACUUAAAUAAGAAUUUAAAUGAAGAAUCUAUUAAACCAGCCAAUCAACAUUUUUGCUUAACAAAUAUAAGAGAUGGGCCAAAAAGCAAAACUACAGGAGUCUAUAAAAGCAAGGCACCUUUUCAUAAGAAAAGCAAUAAACAAUCACAUUCAAAUAACUUGUUAUCUAAUACUUCCUUUGCUUUUCCUUUGAAUGUAUACAUUUCAAAUAAAGGAAAGAAAACAGAAAAACGGAUUGGUUUUUCCAAACCCUUUACUCAUAAGAAACUAAGUUUGUUUACACAUCCAGACUUUUUAGAGAAGUUUAAGAGACAAGAUAGGAAGGUUGAGAAUCUUCUACCUUCAGAAAUUCAGGGUAUUAAUAAUGAUUUUGAAAUGACUACCAAUAUUGGUUCCCAAGUUGAACCUGACAUGUCCCAGAAAGGAAAUAGUCACUUAGACCACUCCAACAUUUGCAAAAUUGCAGCCAUAAGUAAUGAACCUGGUGAUAGUGGCCAGCCUGUAAGUCACAUCCCCCCAGAACAGUUUUCAACUUCCCAGGAAGAGGAGAUAUUGGAGCAACAGAAUGUGCCAGAAAGUCUUAUAACACUUUCUGACUAUUCUCAGCUUAACAAAAAAAUUUUCAGUGAUGACAAGCCACUAGGAUCAUUAGCAUCUAAAUUAUCCAGAAUGAAAGAUCACAACAAAGAAGUUUUAACUACUAAAAGCAAAGGACAUUUUAAAGACUCUUCCCCCUUGUGCAAUGUGUUAGUCCAGGAUUCUUGUAAGUUAUCUCAUAAUAUGCAUAAAAUAACAGGAGAUAGUAGCUUCAUCCCAGAUUCAGAUGCUGCUGUGCAAGGAAAUGCCAAUAAUAAUAAUAAGGAUUCAUAUUUUACUAACCAGUCAUUGCUAAUUAAUACAACAACAGAAGACUAUUCGAUGAGACAUGAUGUCUCUUUGGUGUUGUCCAGGAAUUCAUCUCUUGAAGUCCAUACAGGUCCAAAUAUCCCCACUAUAUCUUCAGAACAGCAACUGGAAACAGUCAACCCUCCUAGCACAGCUUUAAUAAAUCACUUAGAAGUUUCAUCAGAUGAUCAAACUGCAGCUUGUUUUCAGAAAGAGAAUACCAAAACAAGCAUUUCUAAGGAUGAAGAGUCAAUGGCACAUUCCUCUGAUUGGCAACAACAUUUUGAUGUAUCACUGGGUAGGAUGGUCUAUGUCAACAAAAUAACUGGACUUAGCACAUUCAGUGCUCCCCAGGAGGAAAAUUUGGCUAGUUGUACAAAAGAUAUAACAACCAUGGAUGUCAAUGUUGUCUCCAAGAAUGGAUUUCAGUACAGGUGCCAACCAUUUAGAAGCAAGCUUGUCCUGCCCUUCCUUCGGAGAGAUAAAGAAGAAAGGACCAUGAUGAGACAGGAAUAUAGAGACACUAUGAAUGAAGCUUUUGGUGCUGAUUCUCUCCAAACUUUGUUCUCAGAAUGGGAAAAUCCAGUGUUUACCCGAUACCCAGAGGUUGCUCUUGAUGUGAGCAGUGACCAGGCUGAGAGUCUAUCAGUAAAAAUUCACAACAUCUUGUAUCCCUAUCGUUUUACCAAAGAGAUGGUUCAUUCGAUGCAGGUUCUGCAGCAAGUGGAUAAUAAGUUUAUUGCCUGUUUAAUGAGUACAAAGCAAGAAGAGAAUGACAAAACAGGGGGAAACCUGCUAGUAUUGGUGGAUCAGCAUGCUGCCCACGAGCGGAUCCGUUUAGAGCAACUCAUUUAUGAUUCCUAUGAGAAGGAGCAGCCAAAAAGCUUUCGCCGCAAGAAAUUGUUGUCUUCUACCAUCUAUCCACCCAUGGAGGUCACGGUGACAGAAGAACAGAGGAGGCUCUUAGAGUGUUACCACAAGGGCCUAGAAGAUCUGGGCCUGAAAUUAAUAUUUCCAGAUGCUACCAGCUCCCAUGUCCUUGUGGAGAAGGUGCCACUCUGUUUUGUAGAAAGAGAAGCCAGUGAAGUUCGGAGAGGAAGACCUACUGUGACAAAAAGUAUGCUGGAGGAAUUUAUUCGAGAACAAGUAGAGAUGCUUCAGACUACAGGAGGGGCUCAAGGGACUUUGCCACUUGCCAUCCAGAAGGUGUUAGCUUCCCAGGCAUGCCAUGGGGCCAUUAAGUUUAACGACAGCCUGAGCCUGCCGGAGAGCCGCCGCCUCAUCGAGGCUCUGUCUCAGUGCCGGCUGCCCUUCCAGUGCGCUCAUGGGAGGCCCUCGAUGCUGCCCUUAGCAGACAUAGACCAUCUGGAACAGGAGAAACAGUAUCCUAAACCCAACCUUGCUAAGCUUUGCAAAAUGGCCCGGGCCUGGCAUUUGUUUAAGAAAGGAGAGCCCCACGAUGAGAAGCAGAACAAGGGUUGAAACCACCUUGUGAACCUCCAUGAAGACGAGCCUCUCUAGACAGCCCUCGCCUGUGAGAAGAUGAAGGGCCAUUCGCUGAAUGUUGCCGCACCCAGUAUGAAUCACUGUGGCUGGAACACUUUCCUUAGCAAGCCCCAUGCACAGAAUUGACUUCUAAAGCACAGCACCCUUUAUUGGGCAUCUUUAGACAAGCUGCCACAUUAAUUUAAAUUUGAAAGCUGCUUAAGAGGAGCUGUACAAAUGGAUGCAUUUCUAGGACUCGGGAGGUUGACAUUGCCUUUCUGUGUCUAUAACUUAUCUGGAGUAAAAUGUGAU